AUGAGACUAUGCGAACUUCUGCAUCGGUGUCGAAACCUCCAAGUCAGCCAGAAGCUCGAUUUCUUGCACAGCGAGCGCCACCAGCUCAACUCCAAUCUUCUCCAACGAGAGCCUUUGAAUUUCAAACACUAUCUCCACCGCGCCGCUAUCCACUACGGGUUGGGCUAUUCUGAUCUUGCAGCUGGAGACGCGUACAAAGCGCUGACCUUGCUGGAGACAUACUUUGACCCGGACUUCUCGGACUUCCAUCCUGAGUUGCGAGAUGGUGCUGGUGAGGUCGUCUCUUGGCCCAGGGAUGAUCAAGCUAUCAAUGAUGCGAGGGCAGAGCUGGCGGAAUGCUUCAGGUGUCUUGUGCUAGCACUCAUUGAUCUGAGGUGUUUGCGGGAUGCGUAUAGUUAUCUCUUGCAGCUGGAGAAGCUGGUUGAGGAAGGGCACGUCCUUGCGAACCACGAGUGCCAGGAGUUGCGGGACUUGAUAUCGCGUGCUAACUAUUCCAGAAGCAUGAAGACACAGAUGAAUGGUCAAAGUUCAGAGAAAAAGAUUGAACUUGCUCGGCUAAGAAAUUCUGGCUUUGCUAGAAGGGAAAUUUACAAAUGGAACAAUCACGAACCGGAAAGGUCUUCGUUAGCCACUCGCAACGCACUGAAUAAGAUGUUGGAUCCUAUUGCUCCGCAUCUCGAAAUACGAAAUGUGGAAUUGCCAGUACUUCAGAGCUCUGCUGCAACGGAUUGCGUUCAUUCUCAAAAUAAAACGAACGGCUCACCGGCAAGAUCUUCUCAGCAAGAUAGAUCAGCCAGAUCCCUUCAAUUAGGUGUAUUUGCGAAGACAGAUCUCCCAGCUUCGUCAGAAAUCCUCCACGAACCCUCCGUGCUCACUGCGGUACGGCCGCUUGACGCUUCGCUCUGCCACAACUGCGGAGUGCCCAUCCCGCAACCGUCAUCUACAACUUCCGAUUGCCUGGACGGGCCGGUGUGCUGCCCAUCCUGUACCGAUGCCGCAGUAUUCUGCUCACUCGCGUGCCUCGACAUAGCCCAAACAAAGUACCACAGCACAGCCUGCGGCAACGACUUCAUCGAUCCUUUAGGCCGCGACGAAACCUCCACCAACCCAAGCGAAGAUCUAUAUUUCCUCCUCCUAGCCCGCGCCUUCUCAAUGUCUCACAGUCAAAACACGCACCCCCUAGAACUACCCGAAACAAAAUAUCUAUGUGGUGUCUUCACCACACCCUCACCAUCCGAAUGCUCCACCUCCAGCCCCUCUGCUGAACGAACCCUUCCCUUCACAUUCCACCACAACAUCGUCCUCCCCUUCCGUCUUUUGUCCAUUCUCUCAGAAUCCCACCCUGAAUUCUCACCCUUCUCCCCGGUACGCUUAGAAUGGUACGACACCUGGGUCUCGCAAACCCUCUACGCGAAAUUCCGCGGCGUCGCCAGUGCCAGACAGUCGACGUGGGAUGGCAAACCGGAGGUCGCGGCUGUGCAUCCGUUCUGGUGUUUGGCGAAUCAUAGCUGCAGCCCAAAUGUGGAGUGGGGAUGGGAUGCGGGCAGGGAGAGGGUGUUUAGGGUCAGGGCGAGGCCGGUACCGUGGGGCAAGGGGCAAGAUGUUGCCGAGGAUGGGAACGGGGAAGAUGGAAAUGAUGUGAAAGGGACCUGGCAUGGUGUUCGGGCCGGAGAGGAGAUCCUGACGCAUUAUUGCGAUAUUGAUCUGCCUGUCAAGGAGAGGAGGGAGUACAUGCUCGGCUCGCUUGGCGGGGAAUGCAUCUGUGAGAGGUGUGUGUGGGAGGCUGAGCAGGAACACUGUUAG